AUGGAUCAUCUAAUGAGAAUUCUAGGUGGCAAAGGAGCUUGUUCGUCCUUCAUUGAAAGAUGUUUCGCUUUCAUUGGAGAAAAUGCUGUAGAUACGGUUAAAACAACUGCGUUUUGUAAUCUUCCAAAGGAUGCACUGGUGAAGCUUAUAUCUUCUGACUAUCUAGGAUUAGAGGAAGAAGAUGUUUGGAGAGCAGUACUGAACUGGGCUAAAUAUCAGGCAGGGGUGACGCAGCCUACUCAACACUGGACAGAGGAGGAACGUGUGAGGGUUUGCCAACAUUUAUCAGGAGUGAUAAAUCAUGUUCGCCUGCUGCUAAUCGACAGCCAGGUCUUUGCGGAGGAAGUAGAACCAACAGGAGCAGUGCCUAUAGAGCUUUCCUUGGAGAGGUACGAAUUUUUCAAUCCCGAUCGAUCAAGUGGCUCAAAACCCAUAAGGUAUAGGUAUGCAGCGCUACCAAACAAGUACGCAGAAAUUUGUGCAGAUAAGCGGCUACAGCCAAGAGUGAGUCCUUUUCUCUUUCCUGGGUCACAAAUUCUUUCACGAGAUAAGAUGGGUUUUCAACGUCUUCUCAAUCAAUGGUAUGGGUCACCAAAGCAAAGUUGGCGUUUAGUAUAUCGAGCCUCUAGUCAUGGUUACUCUGCAAGUUCAUUCCAUCGACAUUGUGAUGGAAUGUGCCCAACAUAUGUAAUUGCAUUGGCAAGUAAUUUAUAUGCAUAUACAUGUGGAACACGGGGAGAAAUUUGCGGAGGCUUUAGUGAUGCACCAUGGGGUAAAACGAAUGCUAAGGGGCACUAUAUUUUCUCAGAAAAAGCUUUCCUAUUUACUCUAACAAAUAAUCAAGAUGUACCUCCAACGAAAUACGAUAUUGUAAAGAGGCCUUUUGCAAUUUGCUAUCAUCCAGACAUCGGACCAAUAUUUGGAGCAGGCGCUGAUUUAUUAAUUUCCAGUAAUUGCAAUGCCAAUAUGGAAAGCUACAGUAAUCUCCCUCACAGUUACGAUGGCGAGCAUGCCUCUAACACUGUACUUAUGGGAGAUUACCAUUUUUCUGUAGUGGAUUACGAAGUGUUUACCCCGAGCCAUCUAGUUCCCAAAUCUACUCAUUAA